AUGUGGCAAGUUCCUUCCUUUGUGAAGAGCCAUGCCAUGCCGGGGAUUGUUCUCCUUGUCUGUGGUCAUUGUCCACCUUGUCUUCAAACUAUAUUUACUGAUUUGACAUGCUCUUGUGGCACACCGCCUCCCUCAUGUCAGCUUCCAUGUUCAGUUCCUCAGCCUUGUUCGCAUCCGGCCUCUCACAGCUGCCUUUUUCGAGAUUGCCCUCCUUGUUCAGUGCCUGUAGCAAAAGAAUGUAUUGGUGGGCAUGUAGUUCUUAGGAACAUACCUUGUGGUUCGAAGGAUAUUAGAUGCAAUAAACUCUGUGUGAAGACCAGACAGUGCGGUUUACAUGCAUGUGGCAGAACAUGUCACCUCCCACCUUGUGAUAAUCUAUCUGUUGUGACAUGUGGUGCUCCUAGGAGAGACUGCCGGCAUACAUGUAUAGCUCCUUGUCACCCUUCAACUCCAAGUCCAGAUACAAGAUGCGAAUUCCCCGUCACAAUUACUUGUUCUUGUGGCCGAAUAACAGAAAAUGUUCCUUGUGAUGCUGGUGCUAAUUAUAAUGCUGAUGUGGUACAUGAAGCUUCCAUUAUUCAAAAGUUGCCUGUGCUUCUUCAACCUGUGGCUGCAAAUGGCAAAAAAGCUCCCCUUAGACAAAGAAAACUGAUGUGUAAUGAUGACUGUGCUAAGUUAGAGCGUAAAAGGGUUCUUGCAGAUGCUUAUGAGAUUACCGCUCCAAAUCUGGAUUCUCUCCAUUUUGGUGAGAAUUCGAUUGCUUCUGAAUUGCUUGCUGACAUGUUGAGAAGUGAUUCUAAAUGGGUUUUAUCUGUUGAGGAGAGAUGCAAGUUUUUAGUACUUGGCAAGAGCAGAGGAAAUGAUGCACAUGGUCCAAAAGUCCAAGUUUUCUGUCCUAUGUUAAAGGACAAAGGAGAUGCAGUAAGGGUGAUUGCUGAGAGAUGGAAGCUUGUAGUGAAUGCAGCUGGUCGGGAGCCAAAGCAUUUCAUAGUUGUUCAUGUUACCCCAAAAUCAAGAGCUCCUGCUCGUGUGCUAGGGGUUAAGGGUACUACCACUGUAAAUGUGCCCCUUCCUCUUGCAUUUGAUCCUUUGGUUGAUAUGGAUCCUCGAGUUGUUGUCUCUUUUCUAGACUUACCAAGGGAUGCAGAUAUUAGUGCAUUGGUGUUGAGAUUUGGUGGUAAGUGUGAACUUGUUUGGUUAAAUGACAAAAAUGCGUUGGCCGUUUUUAAUGACCCUGCCCGUGCUGCAACUGCAAUGAGGAGGUUUGAUCACGGCACUGUUUAUAAGGGAGCUGUGAUGGUGGUUGUUCCACCAAAUGUCGGGGCAUCAGUAGCAUCUUCAGCUACCAAUGCCUGA